AUAUCUACUCCCGUUGAAAGCAAUUCACAGUUUUCACCAUGACGCAACAGCUAGAAAGUGGGGGCACUCAACUGGGGGCCUCUUGCAGCUGGUCCACAGUCUACUCAGUCCAGGUCGACGGCGGCGGCAGCCGAACCGUAGUUUCCUAGCCUUAAUUAGGUAGUAACUCUACUAGAACAUUCCUGGUUAAUAUCAUAUAGACAUCUACACAUUUCAGCCAAGCUAGAUGCCGUUCGCUUCGCUGCAUCUGCGGAUCAUUUGUACCAAUGCGCGAACCUGAUAACACCGCUUAUGCGUACUUCUAGGACCACGCCAUGCAAACCACGAAAGUUCUCCUUUUCGGGACCUGCGAUACCAAAUUGCCCGAGCUCCUCUACCUCCGGGACCAAUUACUGGCCCAUCGCAAUACUCAAAUUCUUCUCGUCGAUGUUAGCGUCGGCAAUGAGACGCCCAAUGAUCAAGCAAUCGACAUUUAUAGCCAUGACGUCCUCCUUUUGCAUCCGAAGCAAGCUGGAGUCAAAAAUGAGACAUUCUGCAGGCUGUCUCGAAGUCAGCGUAUAAAUCACAUGGCACUGUGCAUGAAAGAGCUCGUCAGCCAAAGGCAUAGGUCUGGUGAGAUUCAUGCCACUAUAUCCGCUGGCGGUAGUGGAAAUACCUCCCUGGCAGCAGAAGUCAUGAGAGAAGCUCUACCAUUGGGCUUUCCGAAGCUCAUUGUAUCGACGAUAGCCAGCGGUGACACCGGGCCGAUCGUGGGUGAAGCCGACAUAACGCUUAUGUAUUCGGUGGUAGACGUCGCUGGGCUUAAUGCCUUGCUGAGAAGCGUGCUAGAGAACGCUGCGGGUGCUGUUGUGGGCAUGGCAGAGUCAUAUCGCCGAAGACUAUCAACACAAAGUGCGCAUGGUGACUCUACACUGGAGAAAAAGCGCGUUGGGAUUACAAUGUUCGGUGUCACUACUCCAGCAGUGAAUAAGAUACAAAAGCUUUUGCAAGAAAGCAAUCGUCCGGUCGAAGUGUUUGUUUUCCACGCCACCGGUCACGGCGGCAAGGCCAUGGAACGUCUCAUACGUGAAGGGGGAUUAGAUGCUGUGAUCGAUCUUACUACAACUGAAAUAUGCGACUACAUCUGCGGUGGGAGCAUGAGCGCUGGUCCGACAAGGCUGGACGCUGCGGCCUCUGCUGGAAUACCCUGCAUUGUCAGCUUAGGCGCCACGGACAUGGUGAACUUUGGGCCAAAGUCAACGGUUCCUGAGAGAUAUCAGGCUAGGCAACUGUAUGAGCAUAAUCCUAUGAUUACAUUGAUGAGAACGGAUAAGGCGGAAUGCGAACAGGUAGGUGCAUUCAUCGUCAAUAAGCUUAAACAAGCUACGAGGCCGGAUGUUGUUCAGGUCUGGAUACCUGAAGGUGGUGUCAGUGCUAUGGCCAGCCCCAACGGACCGUUCCAAGAUCAAGAAGCCGACAAUGCAUUGGCAAGGAUUGUUGAGACUGGAUUGAGUGACAGUGGCGUUGAGAUUGUGAAGAAGCCGUAUGCUAUCAAUGACGAGGAGUUCGCUAGUGGCAUCACCGCAGCUCUGAUCAAGCUGCUUGGCUUGUGAAGCAUGCCUGGUCAUAAAGUCUGUAUCAUGGGCGAGAAGGCUCGAGGGGAAUAUGCCAUAAGAUAUGAUGAGGCUUACCACCAAUAUCUGCCUGAUGUUUUCUGAUUCAAGUCACGAAAGCUUCCAAAAUUCACGUAAUUCACAUCUGCGUGUUUCUGUAAUCAAGCA